AUGGGCAUUCUCAGGGUACCAGAUGGUACGUGUCGUAAGGUCCUACUGACAUUGGUAUGUUUUACUGGUCAGUUUGUUGUGAUGGGACUCUACUACAGUUAUGGUCAGCUGUUUGCUGCAUUGAAACACGAGACUGGAGAAUCAGGUGGCAAAUUAGCCCUGAUUGGGUCCUCCCGAGACUUCUUGCUGAACGGCAUCAUGGCCCUUGGUGGCUUUGGUGUGAACAAAAUUGGCUACGUGAACCUGUCAACAUUGGGUUCUGCACUGGUGGUACUGAGUUUGAUGCUGGACAGCAUCGUACCCAACACAUCAUGGCUCUUCUUGUCCUUCAGUCUCAUCGGCGGCAUAGGCAACGGGGUGCUCUGCAUCCCAUACUACUCCGUGCUCUUUAGCCAGAUGAGUGGACCCAUGCUGCCAGUUGCUGUAGGUUUUGCAGCUGCUGGAGGGGGGGUUGGCACCAUUGUGUUCAACUCAACGCUGGAGCCUCUCCACCAGACCUUUGGCUGGCGCCAUGCUCGGCAAAUUUUGGCAGCAGCCUUGCUGGUGAUUUUGACCCUGAACACCUUGGUGCUACGUUGCUGCACGCGACAAAAACAGGAGAGCCCGGAUGACUCCGUGGAAGAGUCUAACUCCGCAUCAUCUGAUACAUCAUCUGGCUCUCAGCCAUCUCAGUUUCGGCUUGGUAGAGAGCUGGUUGAACUGGUUCGCCCAUUCACGGCUCCAAGUUUUGGGCUUCUGAGCGUGGGUUUGGUCCUGUAUAUGUUCGGAUUUACUGUGCCAUAUACUCAUGUGGUCUACUACGCUGAACUUCAGGGGUACAAGAGAGCCGCAACGCUGGUAUCAGUCAUGGGCGCAGGGAGCACAGUUGGACGCAUCGUUUGCGGCAUUUGUGCUGCUGUCGUGUCUCCACGGCGCCUUUUCUUGCUGGUGAUCCUCAUCCAAGGACUAAGCCUGGCUUGGCUGCCCAGUUGCAGCACGGAGGCGGAGUUGAUGGCCUUCUCGGUGAUCUUUGGAGGUUCUUCAGGAGCCCGGGUGGCAUUGCUGUCUCUGCUGGUCUGUGAACUCUAUGGGGCCGAAAAGGUGCCGCAUCUCUUUGGUUUGGCAGGCCUUGCCAUUGGUGUUGGGACUCUCAUUGGACCUACGCUGGUGGGCAGCAUUUUCGAUCGAAGUGGGAGCUAUGCAACAGCUUUCUUGACGAUGGGCAUUCCCGUGGUACCAGAUGGGACGUGUCGGAAUGUCCUACUGACGUUCACCUGUUUUACAGGUCAAUUUGUUGUGGUGGGGCUCUUCUAUAGUUAUGGCCAGCUGUUUGCUGCGUUGAUUCACGAGACUGGAGAAUCAGGCGGCAAAUUAGCCCUGAUUGGGUCCUCCCGAGACUUCUUGCUGAACGGCAUCAUGGCCCUUGGUGGCUUUGGUGUGAACAAAAUUGGCUACGUGACUUUGUCAACAUUGGGCUCUGCAAUGGUCGUGCUAAGUUUGAUCUUCGACAGCAUCGUACCCAACACAUCAUGGCUCUUCUUGUCCUUCAGUCUCAUCGGCGGCAUAGGCAACGGGCUGCUCUGCAUCCCGUACUUCACAGUGCUCUACAGCAAGAUGAGUGGGCCCAUGCUGCCAGUUGCCGUGGGUUUUGCAGCUGCUGGAGGGGGGAUUGGCACCAUUGUGUUCAACUUGAUACUGGAACCUCUCCACCAGACCUUUGGCUGGCGCCAUGCUCGGCAAAUUCUGGCAGCAGCCUUGCUGGUGAUUUUGACCCUGAACACCUUGGUGCUACGUUGCUGCACGCGUCAAAAACAGGAGAGCCCGGAUGAUUCAAUGGAAGAGUCUAACUCCGCAUCAUCUGAUACAUCAUCUGGCUCUCAGCCAUCUCAGUUUCGGCUUGGUAGAGAGCUGGUUGAACUGGUUCGCCCAUUCGCGGCUCCAAGUUUUGGGCUUCUGAGUGUGGGUUUGGUGCUGUAUAUGUGUGGAUUUACUGUGCCAUAUACUCAUGUGGUCUACUAUGCUGAAUUGCAGGGGUACAAGAAGGCCGCAACGCUGGUAUCAGUCAUGGGCGCAGGGAGCACGGUGGGUCGCAUGCUUUGCGGCAUUUGUGCUGCUGUCGUGUCCCCACGGCUCCUUUUCUUGCUGGUGAUAUUCAUCCAGGGACUGGGCCUGGCUUGGCUGCCCACUUGCAGUACGGAGGCGGAGUUGAUGGCCUUCUCGGUGAUCUUUGGAGGUUCUUCAGGAGCCCGGGUGGCAUUGCUGUCUCUGCUGGUCUGUGAACUCUAUGGGGCCGAAAAGGUGCCGCAUCUCUUUGGUUUAGCAGGCCUUGCUAUUGGUGUCGGGAAUCUUAUUGGACCUACGCUGGUGGGCAGCAUUUACGAUCUAACUGGCAGCUAUGGCACGGCUUUCUUGACGUCUGCAUGUUUAGUCCUUGUAUCCAUUCCAUGCAUGCUGGCAUCAUACUGGGAUGCCGCACGAUAUAGGGAAGUUAGCAAAGCUGACCUGGAAGAAGUUUGAUUCAGAUAAUUCAUAUUGAUAUUGUGUGAUUUUAGCGGAUGCAUGUCUGGUGGAUGGCUUUCAAAAUUGUUUGUUUUCCAUCCCUACAGGCUUUUGGCCGGAGCAGUGGUUGACUUUGUAAAGUGUACGGGUUUUCUUCCCAUGUGCUCCCGGCUACUGGAAUUUGCCAACCUGUUUGCCCAAAGAAUUUUGUUCCCCAAGACGUUGUGCAGCCUGAUUACUAUGGCUGGCAACUUUUGUCUCUUGGGAUGGCGGGAUCACAUUUUCCAACCCA